AUGAAGUUCUUUCUCUACUUCCUUCUUCUCGUUUCUUUCCUGUCUCUUGCAGCCAGUUUCGCGACUGCCGCCAAAACUGAAGACAAUCUCGAGAACAUCGAAAGACUGACCAUCGACGACGACGAGCCAGGCCUCCCGGGCACCAUGACCGAUCCCGACUUUGAUGACGAUUAUGAUCUGGACAACCAGAAGGAUUCGAACUUGAACGCCCCGUCUAACAGUCUCGAACCACGCAAAUGUAUUGGACACCUCAGAACCGGCGUCGGUUCACAUGCCGUGAGACUUUCUCCGACUCAGGGUGCCGUUCUGUGCUCCGACCAGGCCCUGCCCCAGAAGUUGGAUCAACAUGUGAAUAGCGCCCUAUCGGGCACCUCUAACUUGAGUCUUGACUCAGUGAAACGGACCCCGGAGUCCCCCCAUCCAACUGACCAAUUCAAACCGAAAUAUUAUCUAGAAACAGUCCCCCUAUUGGGAGCCACCACCAAGAUGCAGCUCAUCACCUUCUCCGCCCUCGCAACCGCCUUCCUGGCCGUCUUCGCGGCCGCGAACCCCGUCGAGCUCGAGAAGAAGGAAGCCGACCCUGCCUACUACCGCGAGGCCGAGGAGUCCUGGCGCCGUCCCGAGUACUACCGUCCCGAGUACUACGGCCCUGCUCCCGGCGCUGGCAUCGGAAUCGGUGCUAACGCCGACGCUGCUGCCGAUGCUCACCUCGGUGUCGGUGUUGGCGCUGGUCGUUAA